GGGAGGCUGAGGGGGCGGCCCUAAGGGAAGCAAGACAAGUGUGCUGGCUCGUCUGGCACCAGGAAGGGGGUGUAAAUCUAACCACUGAAAAGGUUCAGAGCAAGAUGUGCCAUGGAUACUUUGAGCUUUUGCAUCUAGACUGUUCUGCUCCCCUGCUGCAAGAAUAUUGUGGGGAAAAACAUUCAAGUUCCCUGGAGACAAGACUGGAGACGUGUGUGUGCUCAAAAGACCUAGUAGUGCCAGAAGAUUUAGGGAAGGGUUUGAAUAUUGUUUUGUUCGUUUAUCCAGUUGCUUCGGCCUGAUUGGCUGACGCUAGACGUCACGCGACUGCUUAUGUCAGAGCUCUUUUCUGGUAGGAAGCCGAUGGUCCCGGAACCUGCAGUGAAACUGAUCGUGGUAAAAACACAGACUGCGUACCACAGAUUGGUGGAACCGACUCCAUCUCACAGCUCCAUCAUCUUGAGUCCACUCUCUCUUCCACAACUAUGUAACAUCACUGUCCAUGCCUGCUACUAAACCCUCGAACUCACUGAGGCCUCAAGUGGUGCUCUGGCCGACACACCGGGUUGAACUCGGUAUAAAUCUAACCAGUGCCCAUUCUCACAACUUCUAACUGUAGAGUCUUCAGUACAGCGUCUGCAGGUCAGUCAUGCAGUCCUGCAGUUCUGCUCUCUGUGUCCUGAUUUUACUGAUCUCUACACUCACUACUGGGUCUGAAUCUGCUUUUCCUCCAGUGACGGUGAAGCUUCAUGACUCUAUUACUCUGUCCUGCUCUGACAGAUGUUCUGGUUUGGUCAGAUGGACUGUUUCACAUAAAUCCACUGAUCCUCUGGCUGAGUGUAAUCAGAGUUCAUGUAGAUCAGUGAAGGAGGGAUAUCAGAUGAUCCAUGAUCAGUACCUGAAGGGAGAUUUCUCUCUCAACAUCACUGAUGCUGAUUUCACUAAGAGAGGCUGGUACACGUGUCAGUGUGAUGAUAAAGAUCUCUGUGAUGUGAAGCUUCAGAUCGAACGCUUGAACAGCACAGUUCAGAAAAAGCCUGGUGAAUCUCUGGUCCUGGAUUUGGACGUAUCAGAUGCAGUGAAGGUGCUUUAUAUCGGCACAGGUGCAGCUAAUCGAUCCAGUGGUCAGAUCUGUACAGUUGACAGAUGCUCACUAGACUGUAAACCUGAAUAUAAAGAGAGAGUGUCGGCAGCUCUUCGGCUGAGUGGAAUGAAGCCGUCUGAUAGCGGGGUUUAUACCACAAUGGCCACCAGGAAUGAAGAGGUUUUCCGCUCCUACUCAGUGACCGUCCAAGAUGACCUGCCAUGUCGGGACACCGGUGAAGGAGCUGCUGUACCAGCGUGGAUUUGUGUACUGAUUGCUGUACUUGUAGCUGGGAUUGUGAUACUGGCUGUGAAGAUUGUGCAGCUGAAGAGAGAAAAUCAGAAGCUCCGUAACCGGCACAGCUGAGAGGUCAUCGCCGUCCUCCCAGUGUCUGCAUGUUCACCACUUCCUGUCUAAGACAUGUCAGCAUAACAGCAGGUCAUACUGAUGAGCUACAGGGUCGCAUCUGUUUUGUUUUUGUUUUUUUUAACAGCUCUGGGCCGCCCCAUCUCUGCGCCCCAUGGAGGAAUGGCCAAAAAUACAUUUAGGAUGAUACGGCAAACUAAUUUGAUCCAAGUUUAGCAGUUAGGGGCUACUGGUAUUUAACACUAGAAGUCCCAGAGAUUUCAACCUACCCCCUGAAGUCCUUAGUCCAAACUGAUGACUCUGAUGGCUCCAAUUAGCAUCCUUUCAUUUGUAAAUGUGGCCAUUACCUGAGGAAUCUGCAGGGGGACCCACAGCCUGCCUACACACAAACACCUCUCAUCCCCCUCUGCCCAAAUUCUACAGACAGGCCUGAGUGAGCUUGUUUCAAGAAACAUACAGGAAUUGGCAGCAAGAUUAUUCACAGGAAAAAAAAUCUCACAACAUCAAUAGACACAUUGCAAUUUACAUGUAUGCAUUUCUUACUUUAUAUACUUGAAUUCUAUUUACUUCAUAUCUUAGUCCUUAGUCAAAAACAUGAAAAAAUAUUUCUCAUUCCUUUCUUUUUAUUUUCUUUUGGUCGUCCAAUACGUUUUUUUUAUUACUCAACAUAAUUUAUGCUCACAUAUUCUUUCCCCGUUCUUUUCUUUUUCUUUACAAAAAAAUACAAGGUUUUGUCUAUUCAUUCUUUUAAUUUUACCUUUUUCUUCACCUGCUUUUUCUUCUCCUGUUCUUCCCUUCCAUUUCCUUCUUUCUUUUCUCUACAUUGUUACAUGUAUGUAUAUAUGAAUAUUAUUUGAAAACUGUUUGACCAUGCUGGCUAGCAAAAUACAGAAAUAUAGAUUAGCUGGGGGUAGGUUGAAUAGUGUGUUACCUGCAAGCCUAUGCAUGCCAAAAGAGGACUGAUAGUGCUCUAAUGGUUAGGUAGAAGGAGGGGGCAUGUCCUGAGCAUGGUGGCCUGGUGGUGCACAUUUUGAACAAAUUAAAGUUGAUUUAAAUUAAAGUUGAUCUUUUUUUUCAAUU